AAAUACCCCAACUUGCUGCGGGCGAACAUUCCGGAGAUUUGGUCCGCCGUGACACCGGUGUUCUUGUCGUCUGCUUUCUCUUUCCUUCGCUUCGCUUCUGUCGUCUUCACCAAAGAAAGAUUCUCGCAAUAUGAAUCGCGUUAUGUAGCCACCGGAGCUCGAAGAUGUCACAUCAACAAAGCACUGCCACUAGCAGCAACAUUCCAGUAAGCGAAGUGUUCUGGACUCUGGUUGAUAAAGCUGACAAGAAGUUCUCUAAGAUCAGGGAUUUACCUUAUUACCAGCGUACCAGGUAUGACACGUACUUUUAUAAGGUCUUUAAGGUUUACACACAGUUGUGGAAGUUUCAACAGGAGAAUCGACAGAAGCUGGUUGAAUCUGGGCUUAAGAGAUGGGAGAUCGGUGAAAUUGCAUCUCGCAUUGGGCAACUAUAUUUUGGGCAGUACAUGCGAACAAGUGAUGGGACUUAUCUAUCUGAGUCAUAUAUAUUCUAUGAAGCCAUAUUGACUCGGGAGUACUUUAAGGAGGGAUUAUUUCAGGAUGUGAAUAUAGCGAACAAACAGUUGAGGUUUCUAGCUAGGUUCCUGACGGUUUGUUUGGUUUCAAACCGGAGAGAAAUGGUGCAGCAGUUGGUUAAUCAGAUUAAAUUGUUAGCUGAUGAAUGUAGGCGGGCGUUCCAGGAAAGUGACUUUAAAGAAUGGAAGCUGGUGGUUCAAGAAGCAAUCAGAUUUUUGAAAGCUGACACAACUUUUAUGAAUAUCAGGCCUUUGAGAUAUAGUCUUGUUUUGGACCCUCAUCCAGAUACUUUACCACAUGUUGCUCCAUCAAUCACAAAGAGAAACCUAAAAUUACAAGAUGCGCUAUUGAGCAGCUUCCAUCAUAAUGAGGUUAAAUUUUCAGAGCUCACUAUUGACACAUUUCGAAUGCUUCAAUGUUUGGAGUGGGAACCUAGUGGCUCCUUCUACCAGUCUAAUUCAAAACUUAGUCAGAAUGGGGCUUCUGGGUCCAGUCGCAUUGGUUUUUCACAGGAUAUUGUUGAUCCUACAUUACCAGCUAACCCACGGAAAGCUGUGUUAUACCGUCCUUCACUGACAAACUAUAUGGCAGUUCUAGCCACAAUUUGUGAGGAACUUCCUUCUGAUGGCAUUCUCUUAAUAUAUUUGUCAGCUUCAGGUUAUUAUGCUUUUUAUUGCUCAGCUGGACCUAUCAUGGAUGCCGAGAAAGCCCAGCAAGAAUGUGUAAAACAGAGGUGGACAGUUGAAGGCCUCUUGGAAGAUGUUAUGGAAAAUGAAGGUGCUGUUAGAGCAGAGAUGAAGUUCGGCUUCGGGCUGGAUGAUGAAGGCCAGGGUGGUUCACACCCCAUCGGCGCACAACACAUCAACAGUGCCGACGAACCACUAGGCGCCAAACGAUGCCACUCCCUCCCAGAUUACUAUUCAUCGCCUAAACGGACAAAAUUAGCUCCAAUGGGCAGCGAGUGUCCGACUCUUUGUGACUGGAAGAGGAAAAUUUGGGCACUUGAAUGUGAUUAUAACAAGGCCUAA